AUGGAUCACAAAGGUCGGAGACACGAUUGCCUUGGAAGCGACCACGUGUCGACCUUCACAACCAUGAGAUCCCAAGUACUUGUGGUGGCGCAAAGCGGACGUGGCAACGCUCUUAAAAAAUAUCCAGCCCGGGAAGCCCCAGGCUCUCAGACAUGUGUCCCGUGUGGACCCCGCACGCCGUAG